UAGUUCUCUAAGACACUCAAACCAGAUAAUAUCCAAACCAAACAAAACUACAAAAAACCAACAUCGUAUCGAAUAGCAGAAUCUUACUGAACUGCCGUGUUUAUCAAGUUAUUGUUUUUCUCUUGGUUUUGUGGCUGUUCUUACUCGCAAUGGACGCUCUACUCGAACACGAAGACGAGGAUUUCGAUGAGGAACUGAGGAUCGAUCGAGUCGGCGAUGCAGAUGAAGAUACAGAUACAGAUGCAAUCGAAGAUGGGGCAGCGCAACUCCAGCUAAGGAUGAACAAUCGCCAGAUGGCGAUGCUCCUGGACGCUCCACAUGAACCACCAGUACUGGCUUUUCCAGGAUGGGAAGGACGUUAUCCUGCGGCGGAUGGACCGCCACGCCUGCGCAAAAAGCGAAGCUUCUACACCAUGGUGAAGGCGUCGCCAAUGCUGCAAGUUCAACGACCGGAAAUGUGCCUCCUGAUGGCGAAUGUCACGCGGGCAAUGAGGCAAGUGCGGAAGGAUCAGCGCGGCGAGUACUUUGCCAACUAUUUGGUAGAGAACAUGACCAGUCAGAACUAUCCGAAUGGUGUGGGUCUGCCACAACGCUGGGGUCAGUUCUGAUCGAUCAUGAAUGCCGGGAGUUGCAGCCGAAAACCCCAGCGAACCUAAGAUCAUCGAGCAGUUCCAUUGGGAAUCCAUCGCGCUUAUACUCAUCACCAUUUAACCAUCCACUAACCCCACUAAAACUCAACUAUAUUGUCCCUUCUCCUCGACGACACAUAAAACAAAGGCUAACUUGGGGCCAAAAAAAAAAUGUUCCCGCCUGGAAUAUAACGUUCAAUAAACCAAACUGUUCGGCAAAGUUAA